AGCUUUUCUUUCCGGGUCUAGAUUUGUUUAACUACAGGACAAGUCUGAGUAAAAAUUCACACUCCUGUGAGGCUAGUUUGACAGCUUCAAGACACCCAAACUGUCCCUUCCUUUCCAAGCAAAUCUCGAAGUUUAGUUUGUCUCCAGGCGCCAGCUUUUUUUCCAGGAUUGGAUUGGUUUGGUUUAACUUCAGGACAAGUCUGAGAGUGCAAUUCACACUCCUGUGAGUCUAGGGUUUUCCAAGCAAAUCCCGAAUUUAGUUUGUCACCAGGCUCCUUCUCGUUAUUAGAAAACAUCCCAAAUUUUCCAUGGUUUUCACUUGUCAGUCCAAUGCAUGGCCAGCAGCAACGUGUCUCUCUGAUAGUUUUUGCCUACUCACCUUUUUCAUAACGCCAAGUGUCAUAGCAAAAAACCCAAAAACCAGUUUCCAAUGCUUCUUCCUGCAAUUUUAUGGCACAUGAAUCGGACCUAAACCGCCUAAAGCUAAGCUAGUACACCUGAUCAUCGGAUCUUUUUUCACCAAAAGCGAGCCAUGGGGCUUUCACCUAUCUCAGCAAACAAUGUAGUUAAACCACGUGGGUCUAAUGCCAACCAAAGAAAAGCUCUCGACCUUGGACAACCAGUAGAAAGGGGAAAGGAGUGGUGAAAGAGUUUUUGAAUGAUUCUUCCACUUCACAAGAUGUGCCUUUUUUUGGAAAAAAAACCAAAUUUGUUUUAGAAUAAGCUAUUUGUCAGAGCCUUUGCCUCUUUCAAUGUUUGAUGUGAACCAAAAGAUUUUUAAUUUUUUUUAUUUUUUUCCCUUCCCCCCAAGCAAAUAUCCAUAUUCCGAUAAGCUUUUCAAUCUCCAUUGUCAACUUUGUUUGAUCCUUUGAAGGGUAAACUGUUCUUCUCCAUGAAAAUUGCUUUGUUUGGUGUGAAAGGGGUAGUACUGGAGGGAGACUGUGAUUUGUUUUUCUUGACUUUUUAACAGCUUUGUUUUUGUUAGGAUCUGACUUUUUCCGUUUAGAUUUAUAUCAGAUAGAAAACAAAAGUUUCAACCCUUUUAACACCUUUUCCCUUACACGGGCAUCAUGGGACUUUUGACCCAAGUUUUCCCUAUUGCUUCCUCUUAUUUAUUAAUGGUUUUGCCAGCUUCAACCCUUUCCUUGCUUUAACAGGGUUUCUCUGGUUGUUAUCUUCUUAUAGCAGAUUGAGACCAGAUUAAAGGGUAUGGAGCUAAGUUUUGCACCAAAGAGUAUGCAGAUGUCAAUGCUCAAACUCCUCCCAAAACCAGCCUCUUUCAUCUCCUCUGUGUGGUUUGCAACUCAUGGUGGACGCAGGCAACCUUUGGCCUAUUGCUUGGUCCAUCGUUCGACUCUUUUUAGCUCAAGAAAGUUUAGAGGACAUAACCUGAAACUUGCUCGCUGUGUAAGAUUCAAUGAUUUCUCCGAUGGAGAAUCGUCGGAAUGGUUUGGAGGAGAUUUUCAGCUUUUUGAUUAUACCGAAGAUGAAGAAAACCAUGAAGAGGAACCUGCCCCAGCAGUUUAUGAAGAAAGUGGUGAGGAGGGCAAAGAGAUGGAAUUGUCAAUGCAGCUUUUACCAUCGAAGGUUGAGUUUCUCGAGCCUUAUCUGCUUGGAAUCAGGCCGGAGCCACCUUAUUGGCCUGAGAGAGAUGAGGUCAGCAGGAUCAGCAUUGAGCAUAAAGCAAACAGUCUAGACAUCCCCCUUUCUCUGAGGAUCAUAAAGAAGAAGCAAAGAUGGAAAGAGGGUUUUGUGGAUGCAGGGGAGUAUGCAUAUUGCUCUGUGAAAAAUGCUUUUUCGUCACUGGUGUUCAUCAUCAGAGAGCUACAGAACCACACAUGGCAGAUAAGAGAGAAUCUACAGCCUGAAGACUUGCGGGUGAUUCUGACUAAGAUGCAAGGAGACUUGAAUUCCAUGUUUGUGUGGCUAUUCCAACAAGUGUUCUCGAAAACACCCACACUUAUGGUCUAUUUGAUGCUUCUUUUGGCCAAUUUCUCUGUACAUUCCAUGGCUCCUCAACAACCAAGUACCACUCAAAAGGCUAUUGCAGCAACCAUGUCUCUUACAGAGGAAGAGAGUGAAGAAACAUCCGGGAGUGGUUCUUCUACUUCACUGCAACAUACUAGUGGAGAGCUAGAUUUAUGGAAGUCGAUGGUGGAGGAGGCCGCAAGAAUGCAGGGAGGACAUCAUCAGAAGAUAAAUAUGCAGUUUAGACCAGAUAACCAUGAGGAGCUUGUCAAAAGGAACAUCGUUUACCAGAUGUGUAUAGCUGAGGAGCCGACUAAUCCUCUUCUGGUUGUAAAUUAUGCCCGGUUUCUUUACCUUGUUGCCCAUGACCAUGACAGGGCAGAGGAGUGGUUCAAACGUGCUAUUCAGAUCGAACCACCAGACGCAGAGGCAUUAGGUCAAUACGCUGACUUCUUGUGGAAGGUGAGGAAUGACCAUUGGGAGGCAGAAGAAAGGUACCUGCAAGCAGUUGCAGCUGACCCUGAAAACCCUCAUUAUGCAUCCAAGUAUGCCGAUUUCCUAUGGAGCACUGGUGCUAAAGAUAUCUGUUUCCCUCUCAGCUCUCCUCAUGACAGCUAUAACAAGGUUUCUUAAUCUAGUCGAAAUAGGAUUGAUCAUAAGAGCAAUAUGUUUUCCCCCUGGAAUUUUUGUUCAUCUGAUCCUUCUGGCAUUCGUGUAUCGGAUCAGACCAAUACCCCAAAAUAUGUCACCUUAUUAGCUAUCAAUGCAGUAAACUAAAUAUGUAAGAAAGAAACUCCCAAAAGAAUUUGUUGCACAAAUGUAGAUGCAUAGAUUUGUAAUGCUUUUGGAGCUAAUUGGGAUAUAAACCUGGCAUGAUAUCAAAGGCUUCUGCCAAGAAAUUCCUUCUUGUUCUAUAUAAAUAUAUGGGUUAAUGUAGAUGGACACUGUG